UGCUCAUGCAUACAUGCAGGCAAAACACCCGCAUAAAAUAAAGAGAAAAUCUCAAAGAUGGAAGCUCCCCUCUGUCCAGGUUUCCCACCUGGAAAUCCACUGAGGCCGGGAUGUUAAGACACCUCUUGGGCAUGACGAAGUGAGGCCUCACCCACCCCUCCCUUUCACAUUCCAGAGCCCUUCUCUGGCAGAAAUGACAGCUAAGAGCAGUUAAUCAUUAAUUCUUCACGAACCACUGAAGGACCCAGGCUUAGGUGGGGCCCCACACCUGCAGGAGGGCCCCCUCUUUGUCCCCACCCCUCUCUCCUCAGGGGUCUGAAGCAAACAAUGGGGGGGUACCCUCCACAUUACCCAGGAGCCAGUGAGUGGCCCUCUCCAGGGUCAUGGGAACCACUCUGGGAGAACUGGAAAGUCCAGUUGCCAUGUCUCAGUGCCCCCAACACCAGUGCUGAGGGCCCAGGGUAAAGAGAGGCCGGUUCCACAUCUCUCCUGCCAUCAGAGAAGUGAGGGAGCCACAAUGGGGGCUUCGAGGCCCCUCUUCCUCCUCCUGACCCUCCUCAGCAGCGCGUGUGCAACAGGGCCAAAGGUGACUUUGAAAGUGAAGCUGAGGGAGACUUUCCAGGCCAAGGCCUCCCAGGACUCCAGCUUUCUGGACGUGCUCCAAAAGAUCUGCCUCCUCCUCCACCUCCCAUCAGGGACCAACAUGACCCUCCAUCACAAAGGGCCACCACACCAUUUAACCUGCAGAACCUGAGGCAGCUGAAGCCUGUGUGGGGCUCCAGCAUUCAGCUUUGGGGAGUGGGCACUGGG